AUGCCUUCAUGGGACAACACGCCUAGCGGCAAUAUGACUGCUGCCGUCUUAUCCUCGCCUGGUGCCAGCCCUCCAUCAAGAUGCUUCACAAUGGAUGAGGAUUACCCCAAGCCUACACUUCCGUCACAGAGCUGGAUUCUGGUCAAGGUCAAAGCCGCCGGAUUGAAUCGUGCUGAGCUUCGUGGUCGCAACGGUGAUAAACCCGCACCACCUGAGUUCGGAAUGUUCGUUGAUGAAUUCCAUCCUGAUCCGCCGAAGAUUCUUGGAGAGGAAUUCGUGGGCAUAGUUGAGGAAGCAGGCUCUGACACCAAGUUCAAGAAAGGAGAGCUUUGCACCGGAUUCAUCUACGGAGGAGGUAAAGCAUUUAAUGGAGCUUAUGCCGAAUAUGUUAUCUGCCCAGCUCAACGACUGUUCAGACUGCCACAGACUUCUCUGUCUUGGAAUGUGCUAGGUGCUAUCACGAUGUCCAUGUGGACAGCGUAUGGAUCUCUGUUCGAAGCAGGCCAACUCACCAAAGGCGAUACUGCUCUGAUCCAUGGCGCAACAAGCAGCGUCGGUGUAUGGGCUAUUCUCUUGGCCAAGGAACACGGAUGUACCGUCAUUGCUACAACACGCAAGCAGGACAAGGUUGCAAAGCUGAAGUCAGUCGGAGCAGAUCAUGUUGUUCUUGAACACGAGCUCAACGAGCAACUGAAUAAGCUGGCUCCAAAAGGCGUCGACUGUCUGCUGGAACUUGUUGGGCCCGACACCAUCCAAUCUCUCGCGCUACCGAACCUGGCAAAGCAUGGAUCAGUUGUGGUUACAGGCGUUCUCACCAAGCAAUGGGCUAUGAAGGAGUUUACGCCUGCUCUUAUCCCACCUACAAGGAAGAUGACAUUCUACAGUCUAGAGCCCGGGCAGGAGGAGGAUGAAGGCGUGGAGAGAGUCAUUGGAGAGGUGAUCAACAAGGUGGAAGCUGGAACGUUCAAGCCAGAGCAGUUUCUGGAUAAGACGUUCCCGCUGGAGAGAAUAGGCGAGGCACAUGAAUACAUGGAGGACAACAAGGCAAUUGGAAAAGUGGUUGUGACUAUUCCUUGA